UGUGGAGGCCACGCCCCUCCUGUGACGCAACAACAUGGCGACGUGCGGAAAUAUGGUGCGAAGCAGGGGAAAUAUUUGCGCUCUGUCGCUGCUUAUUUGCCUCCAGAUGUUGACCAGCGGCUGCAUGUCAGCUCCGGCACCCGCCAACACACCGGAAGCAAUCACAUCUCAAAACGUUACCGUGACCACAGUUACGCCCACACCAGAAAAAGGGCGGAGCCCAACCAACGCCACGCAGUCCACGGCGUCUGCUGCUGAAGGCGCCACAUUGGCUCCUUCGGACAACGCCACGGGACCAAAGACGUCUAAAAGGAACCAGACUCGUACGCCCCCCGUCAUGGUCCCCUCUGAUAGCACGACGCAGCAAGACCCCGACCCCAAGGGGGACCCGAUGACCCCCCCGGCGAAAAAGCCACCGGCGAAGGAUUCUGCUCCUCCUGCUGAAGUCACUACAGCUUCUCCGGAAGCUCCCAGCACCCCCGCCAAGGUCGCCCAAAGGAAAGGGUCGCAGACGCACGUCUCCAAGGCCACGCCCGUCACCGCGCCGGGGACCGGCGAAGGCACAGCGGCGCCUCGCAGCACUGCGGGCGUUUACGAGGACGGGGAGGACGAUGGCGACGAUGGCGGUGUCGGCGAGGACGAACACUACGGUGUCAACGACUAUCCCGACCUCGACUCGGCCAAGAAGACCCCCGAGCGGGGCGCCGGCGGGCCCAAGCCGGACAGCUACAACACGGAGGACGAGGACUCCCACUUCUUCUUCCACCUGGUCGUCCUGGCUUUCCUGGUGGCCAUCGUUUACAUCACGUAUCACAACAAGAAGAAGAUCUUCCUCCUAGUUCAGAGCCGCCGCUGGAAGGACGGCUUGUGUUCCAGAAACACGGUGGAGUACCACCGCCUGGACCAGAACGUCCACGAGGCCAUGCCGUCCCUGAAGAUGACCCAGGACUACGUGUUCUGACCCGUCGCUCAGCGCCUUUCUGCACAGAGAUUUCCACUUUAUCACCGUUCCUAUUUGUUAGAGCAUUUUUAAUGUGGUUCUGGGUUCAUUAAUGACUUGUAGGGAUUUCAUAUUGUUAAUUUGAGGGGUUUCCUUUUGGAGUGUUCAGCCUUACAGUCUCUGUAGAGCAGUUUCAGGAACACGGUGUAACGCUUUAUUAUUACUAUUCAGAGUUUAUUACUAGAAUCAUUUCCACAAAGCAGUUUCUUUUCAUGCAGAGAAAGUUUUCCCCAAACUGCCCUUUUCUCACCAGUGGGAUCACAGUCCAGAUGUUUCCUCCCCACCUAAGAGAAUGAAAGCCUUUCUGAGGGGGGGGGGGGGGGGUCACAAGCUGAGGCCUUUUUGAAGGAGGCGGGGGUAAAAGUACCUGGUGUUCUUCUACUGGCUGGACUUCGCUGUGCAGAAGCCGUCCUCUUUGUUCCUUUAUGGCUUCGGUGAAGUCUUCCUCUCAAAUAACACAUCUGCGCCUUUGUUACUCAUCUGCAGUUCGCUGUGCCGUCUCGUCCUCACGGGAGCGGCGUGCCGGGCGCUCUGAUGGCGUUCAGCGCCGACUCUCAAUCAGCAGUAGAAACUAAAUCUUCAAUAAAGCAACACUUGUGUACAGAGUGGGA